GAUAUUUAUAGUAUAGGAAUUUUAAUGAUUGAAUUAUCAAAUGGUAUUUUACCUUUUUCUGAUCGUCAUCAUAAUUCUUUAUUGGCUUUAGAAAUUAUUAAAGGUUUAAGACCUCAAAUUUCUCAAGAUUUACCUCAAGUUUAUAUAAAUUUAGCUUUAGAUUGUUGUCAUAAAGAUCCUUCUUUAAGACCUAAUGCAAAACAAUUAUUAUGUAUAUUUAAUUGUUGGUGGGAAAUUUUAAAUAGACCUGAUGAUAAUUUAUCAGGUAUAAGAAAAUCUUUUAUAGCAGCUGAUGAUUUAUUACCAAUGUUGGAAGUUGAAAAGAAUAAUCGUGAAUUAAAUUCUGGUGCUUUUUAUACAAGUAGAUUAUUACAAUUUGAAGAUGUAUCAAAAAGAGAUAGUAGUAGUAGUGAUAUUUCUGAUGUAAAUUAUUAAAACUAAUUAAUUUAGUAAAAUGUAUUGUAAAAAAAAAGUAUUAUAUUUUAUUUAAUAAAAAAAAAAUAAUGUAACGUAUUGUACGUAUU